AUGUUGGUGGCUGAUAUUCAGUGGCAGGGCAUUCUAGGGGCCGAUUUCCUCUACGCUCAUGGGUUUUGCAUUGACUUUUCUACCUGGCAGCUCACGUCUACUACGACCACGGUUCCUUUUUAUUUCCCUAAUGUCUCCGUGCAACAGCCCGGGUGUGAUUCAGUAUUUUGUACUCUUCCCCAGCCGUCCAAUCUGGAGCGCCUAGUUCCUGAUUCCUCCGAUUACUCUUGCGAGCAGGUAGCUGUUGUGCGUGACCUUAUCCGCCGCAACUCAUCUGCUUUUGCAUGGGAUGCUGAACCCUUGGGUAGAACCAAUAUCCUGCAACACACCAUUGACACGGGCUCGGCCAGGCCAUUUCACCAACCCCCUCGCGGGGUACCGGUCCAUUUUUUAGAAGCAGUUAGAGGAGACCAUUAA